AUGAAAAUUUACAACAAUAAUAAUCCUGUUGAUAUAUUAAUAAAUUCUUGCAGACAAACACAAGCAGAAACAGAUCUAUAUAUAUCCAAUUUUUUAACAUUUUUGGAGACCAAUGACUCUGAAUUGGUGAACAACAAAAAUAAUAAUAGUACCAUUGAUAGUAAGUUUAGUUUUGCUAUUGAUAGAUACAAUACCACAAUCGAUAUAAUUGAGAAUAUAAUUGAAAGGGAUAAUACACAAUACACAGCAUUGUCAGAGUUCUUAAAUUAUAGUAUAAAUGUUAGAAAUCAUUUGAUACACACAAAAGCAAUAAUGUUGGAAAAAGAAAUAAAUAAUAAUAAUAACAACAACAAGAACGAUAAUAAUAGUAACAAUAAUAAAAAUGAAGUAUUGUUAACUUUUAAUUUAGUUACAUUAUAUAGUUGGAAAGAAUCUAAUAAUAAUAAUAAUAAUAAUAAUAAUAAUAAUAAUAAUAAUGAAAACAACAAUAAUAAUAAAGAUGGAAUAAAUGAAAUAAUAGAUAAAGAAGCAUCAGAGGAUGGUUGUUUGCAUAUGCUAGAUAUUCACUUCCACAGUAAAGAUGACCAUUCAAUCGAUAUCGAUUCAGAUGAAAAGAGUAAGCCAGAUCAUAGAUUCCUCAUCACCAAAGACACACCAGUAUUCGCAGUGGCACCUGGAAACUAUAUAAUUCAAUCUCAAGACAAGUUCUAUGGAGUAUUGCUUCCACAUGAUAUUCCUUAUGUAUAUAUCGAUAUUUUUGAAAAUCAACUUGGCAAGAUUUGUUACUUUGGCGUAUUCCACCCUGUUGAACAGGCACCGUCACCUGGAAAAGAAGGAGAGAUAGAACAACAGCAGCAACGUGUACGUGAGCAACCACCAGAGUCUGCUAGUUUCGUUGUAAAAUCAAUAAUGUACAUGUCUACAAGUCUGGAUAAUGGUGGUCAGACAUUAGCAUCCUCAAUUGAGGCAGCAUCGACAAUGAUUUCUCUCGGACUUAGAGGCACCGGGUACUAUCUCAAAAGUAAUCUAGAGAAGAACAAAAGUCCAAUGCAAGUUUCACCAGUAGUCUCAAACUCAAUUGGCUAUUUGAAAUCAACUACACCAUACGCAGCCCAAUAUUCAUCAUUAUUGAUAGAAAAGGUAUCAGAUGCAGUUGGUACCGUUGGAAAUGGAAUUAUCUCUGGUUUCAAAAUGAUUGUUCCAACAUCUGUAUCGUCAAGCAAUGACAAUGAGACUUUAAAUGCAGCAGCAGAGUUGGGAAAAUCGUCAAUCAAAGCAAUCACAUCGAUAUCCGGUGCAAUAACUAGUGGAUUGGCUCAGAUCGCAGAGGAGAUGUCAGAUACCACUGUAGAUGUGGUCAAUCACAAGCUAGGUCAACAUGUAGCCAACGUCACAAACGAUACCUUUUCAAUAUCAAAAGACGUUAUCAAUACUGCCUUGAAUCUUCAGUUGGGUAGCGCCAAGGGUGUAGCCAUUAAAGUAAUGACCAACGCUAGUGGUCAAGUGGCAGAGAAGCAAUUCAGUAUUAACGAAGCAGAGUCCAAAGAGAACGACCAAAUCGAAUUAAAGCAACUAGAAUCAGAACCAACAUCAUCUUCACCAGAAGCAUCGCCAAAACAAGAAGAUAAAUUAAAAAAGAAUUAA